AGGAGAGCGACAUGUCGUCUGGCGAAGCCAAUCCGCGCCAUGUGCGCCCAGAGAUGGUGUCGUCUGCCGUCUCGUUCCUCUCGGACCCCAAGGUGCACAGCUCGACAGUCUCGCAGCGCAUCAGCUUCCUCGAGUCAAAGGGUCUGAGUCCCGACGAGAUCGACGAGGCACUCCGGCAGACGGGCACCAGUGGCGCCAUCACCGCUGGUGCUGCUGCUCCCCACUCUGGACCGAGCCACAGCGUCUACCCACAGCAGCCACAGCAGCCGUACGCGCCCGUGUAUUAUGGUGCGCAGCAUCAGCACCCUCCACAGCAGCAUGACCGCGACUGGAGGGACUGGUUUAUCAUGGCCGUCGUCUCUGGCACAGUUGGCUACGGCAUCAUCCAGCUCGCAAGAAAAUACCUCAUGCCCCACCUUCAACCGCCGAACCAGACGAUUCUCGAGUCGGAUCGUGACGAGCUGACGGCCAAGUACGACGAGGUGGCCGCCCAGCUCGCCGCGCUGGACGGCGAGACAAAGGCCGUCAAGGCUGGCCUCGAGCAGCAGCGCGAGGCCGUCGAGCGCGGCAUCAAGGACGUCGAAGAGGCCGUCAAGGUCAUGCGCGACAAUGACAAGCGACGAAACGACGACAUGGAUGCCGUCAAGUCUGAGGUUGACUCGAUGAAGGACCAGCUUCCUAUGAUGUUUGAAAAGACGCGCGAAGCGCAGGCGGCGAGCCUGGCAGACCUGCAAAACGAGCUCAAGUCGCUCAAGGCGCUCUUGAACUCGUCCAGAGGUGCCGCCGGCAGCUCCCGUCCAAUGUACGGCAUCGGGGCAGGUGCUGGAGCUGGAGCUGGUGGUGCUGCCUCCCCCGGUGCAUACGCCGGCUCUUCCUCGACACCCACACACGAGCAGGGGAGGGCGUCUCCCUCGCUCGGCGGGAAGCCUUCGAUCCCUGCGUGGCAGCUCGCGCCCGACGCUGCAGGCACAUCCUCCCCCUCGCCCUCCAAUGAGGGGAGCCUCGGGGCUGCACCCAACGCAGACGAGCCCAAGGGCACUAGCACGGCCGAUGCGGGUGCCGAGCAUGCAAAGGAUGCCUCCUCGUCCACGCCAGCAGCAGAGGGCUAUUCUGUACCAACUUGAUUGUCUUCACUGUCACAAUACUAUCUCUCUUUGGUGCUCUUUUAGCUAGCUUGAAAUCUAUUUCUACAAGAGAAGGACAGGAGGAAGCCUUCCUUCUUUUGGCCCC